AUGCUUGAACACUUCUCUAUCCAAACCCAUAAACGGGGAGUCAAUGGCCAGACCAUUCCAUUCGCCUUUCUCCACAUUAUUUUAUCCAGGGACACUCACUUCCAAACUUCUUUUUCCGCCACGUCAAAACAUGAAACGAAACAAAACGAAACAAUAUUUGCCAUCUGGCGUCAAAGCUCCGAAGCCCAUCCCGAACUGAUUGCACAGCUCCAUUACAUCUUCAUCCCCCAUUCACUUAAAUCGAAUCUAUCUUUCCGGCGCGAUGGCCCCUUUUUCGCUCAACACCUGGAAUCUUCACCACUAACUGCUUCAAGCCUGAGAAAGCCACCAAUACUUGGCUACACACGCCUGCCACUGCAGAAAAAAGGUCCUAUCCUGAUUGGCUAUGAGUUAACAUCUUUCCUAGCUUCGCCGGAGUUUGUAGCUAGCGCUCCAACGGCUUCUUUGGCCUACACUAUGAUAAUUUCAUUCCUACUAAGCAUGACAUACUAUGAGCCCGGUAUUGGCUUGCUAGCUAAUCGAGCUGUUUUCAAGCCUAAACCAGGGAAGACUGCUUUAACGCCAUAUUCGCUCUUUUGCAACACUUCGGGCACCAAUCUGGACCUCACGGUCCUUAGCGGUGGCUUAUUAUCUCUACCUCUUCUAGGCGCAUCAAUUACGCCCUCCUUUUUGAACGAUAAGGCACAUAUUGAAUACAGGGUCACUUCCACUUCUCUUGAGGACGAUGCAGAACUGCCAGUCCGCCACAGUAUAACCCUCCUAAGUCUGCUCGUAGCGUUCAAUUCAGCUGGGAGAGCUCUACGAGCGGACUCCGGUGAUUUCAUCAUGUUCAAGGGAGUUGUAGACGUAGCUACUUGGUAUGUGGCCCUUGAUCUAGGGCUAUGGGGACUCAGAAUAGCCUAUUUUUGUAGAGGGAAGGCUUGGAACUUCCAGUCCAGCGAUUGCUCAGAGCACCCGCGUGCCACGUGGGUCGGUGGUAAAAACUAUAAGGAGACUGAGACCCCUCCAUCUAAACUUAGUGAAUUCGCCUUGUUGGGCAAGUUGAAGCGACUGCAGCGUGCCUUUCAAAUACGGCUAGCGUAUGGCGGCAUUCUCCAUCACUUUAAAGAUGCCUUAAGGAGGCCAAAGAAGGUCCAUGAGAAUUCAUAUGGCGGCCAAAACGAAGCGUCACAGGGUGGACGACUUACUGAAUUUCUAAUAGUUUGGACAUUGAACUAUGGAUUUCUCCGUUGCUAUGAAGCGGUGUUGGUGCUAGUUCAGGAAAGAUGCCGAGGGCAUAACGACAUAAAAAUGUAA